GUAAUGAGCUAUAUAAAAUAUGUAUUGUGUACAUUAAGCCAGCACCCUCGUCCGAGGAUGGAGUUUAUUUGUAAUUAAUCAUCAAUACUAAUGGAUUCAUACAAAUUGUGCCAAGCCCUAUGAUUUUUUUUCUUUUUAGGAUUUUCCAUGUAAAAAUCUUGGUCUCUUGUGAACUGUACACCCCUACUCUUUUAUCUAUCUAUGUUGGAUUUUUGUACAAAGCUAGGAUGUCAAUAUCCCUCUACCGCCGUGAAUAUUCCAGGAUGCAAUAAAUCUCAAAACUUGUGAGAUUGCUAAUAAUUUGCAUAUAAAAUCAAAUUAAUAAAGUCAAAAUAUAAUUUUAUUAAAAUAACAUAAAUAUAAAUGUUAAUAUAGAUUAUCAAUAAAUCAAAUUUUACACAAAUCAAGUCUUCACACGUGAGCUUUGAACACAUCCCUAGGUAGUGGCUUUCUAAACAAACCAACCACUAUCCUCUUGGUAGGAUUCUAUUGUGAAACUUAUGAUCCUUUAUAAUCAUAGCAUUUUUUAUUCUUAUAUAGAGCAAAUAUUUUGCUUUAUUUUCCUAUAGAGUAUAGACUACUAAUUAUAUACAAAAUAUAGAUAACAUACAAAACAACGAUUGAGUGAUUAUUCUAAUAAGAUAAAAAUAAUUUUAUUCUUAAACUAUGAAUAUUCACAAUUUUUUUUAUUUUUUUUAUGAAUAUUCACAAUUAUACUAAAACAUUAUACUUAUUUUCAGCCAUAAUUUAUAAGUAAUAAUUUAUAGUCUAUUUUAAUGCAUAUCACAUGGAUAAAAAUAUCUCCUUUUUUUUUUCAAAAUUACAACUUUGACACUCCCACAUUGAAUUAAUCAGACAGACUAGAUUGAUGAUCAUUACUAAUAUAUAAAUACAAACCAGAUUAAGACUCCCUUUGCUGUUCCACUUUUCUCCUGAUUAGGUGAAGACAAAACUCAGCCUCUACCUUCAACUGAUCCCUCUACUUAUUUUCUUCUUUCACCUACUUUCUCUUUCAUCUCUUCAUCCUCCAUGGCCUCAAGCUCAAACCCAACAUCCAUGUCUAUUGACUCCUUAAACCUGGCAAUCCAAGUGGAGAGAAACCCAUCAGAGUCACGCUUGGCUGAGCUCGGCAUCAAGUCUUGGCCUAAAUGGGGCUGCCCUCCAGGAAAGUUUCCUCUCAAGUUUGAAGCUAAGGAGACAUGUUACUUGCUGAAGGGCAAAGUGAAGGCAAGCAUCAAAGGAUCCUGCGAGUGGGUAGAAUUUGGCGCUGGAGAUUUGGUAACAUUUCCUAAUGGCUUAAGCUGCACUUGGGAUGUCUCUGUUGCUGUUGACAAACACUAUAAAUUCGAUUCUUCUUAAAAAUCUUCCUUUUAGUUCUUUAUGGACUUACCUGUCAGCGGCUAAGUCAUGAACAAAGCAUCAUCAUCAUCAUCUUCUUCUUCUUCUUUUUCAUCUGUCUAUAUCUGUCUAGAAGUCUCUUCUGUGUUAAUGGAGGCCUGUUAAGUAAAGGCACCAAGAAAAAGAAGCCAUGAAUGCUUCUUUGAAAAUUGUUGUCGUCAGCACUUAUUUUUGUCUAUCCGACAAACAAAAUAUCUUUAUCGUCUUC